AUGGCGGAAGAUUGGAUGGAAUUGAGGACAAGAAAGGAAAGGGCUGUAAUGAUGAGUCGAGCACAGAUUGCUAGAACGAUUAUCAUCAGUGGAUACAUUCUAAUGGUAUUGGCGUUCAUUGUGGUUAUUAUUCUUCCUUAUUUUGGAUUACCGUUAAGGCAUUUGACAAAUCUUACGGACCCGGACAAGCCGCUGCCGCUGCAGACUUAUUAUUUUUACGAUAUAGAUAAGAGUCCACAAUUUGAACUAACAUACAUCAUUCAAGCUAUUACAAUUUUCUUGGCCGCCGUAACUUACACUUCAGUAGAUGCUUUUCUCGGACUCACUAUUCUUCACUUGAGUGGUCAAUUAGAAAACUUUAAAGGCCGUGUGAUUACUGAAGGAAGUAAUUUUUCUGCCGCACGAUUAUGUUUUCCAUUAAUGGGUAUCACUAUCUUGUUUUCGCAUGCUUUCGUUUAUUGUGGUGCCGGAGAAAUUGUAACAAUGCAAUGCGAAGAAGUAUAUUAUGCUUUAUGCAAUCUUGAAUGGUACAAAUUAGAACCAAAAAAAGCAAGGAGUCUUAUCUUAUUAAUGAUACGAGCUAGCCAACCUUUCCGUAUUACUGCAGGAAAAAUAUUUCCACUUACGAUGACCACAUUUGGCAGUUUGUUAAAAACAUCGGCUGGCUACAUAUCAUUUUUAUUAGCAAAUCAAAGAUGA